AUGGCAGCGGUGGUGGUGGCGGUGAUGGAGGCAGUGGUGGUGACAAUGACUGUGGUGUUGGUGGCGGUGGUGGUAGUGGUGGGUGAUGGUGGAGGCGACGCAGAUAGUGGUGGUUGUAGCGGCGGUAGCGGUGGUGGCGGUGGAGGUGUUGGUGGUGGAUACAAUGGGUUUCUUGUUUUUGUUUUAUCGGUUAUACACACCACAACACUUUUCUAUUACAGCUGCUCUCAGUCUUCCUUAAUUCUUCUUCCAUUGUUCAUUUUGGUGGUCUCCAUUCUUUCAAAAUGGUAUUUCUUUCCGUCAAAACCCCUAAAAAACUUACCACCUUCUCCAUCGAAGCUUCCAAUCAUCGGAAACCUCCACCAACUAGGUUCAAGCCCCCAUCGUUCCCUCCAAGCUUUAGCCAAGAAACAUGGCCCUCUCAUGUUGCUACAUUUUGGUCGUGUGCCGGUGGUUGUGGCCUCCUCUGCUGACGCAUCUCGAGAAAUCAUGAAAACCCAUGAUUUAAUCUUCGCUAAUCGAGCCAAAUCAAGCGUGCCAAGAAUACUUUCAUACAAUGCUAGGGACAUUGCUUUUGCAGAUUACGGACAGUAUUGGAGACAGAUCAAAAGCAUUGCUGUGCUUCAGCUUCUAAGUCAAAAAAGAGUUCAAUCAUUCCGUCGGAUGAGGGAAGAAGAUACGGAUCUGCUCGUUGAGAAAAUCAGAGGGAUCAGUUGUUCUUCUUCUCCGGUGGUUGAUAUGAGUAAGUUAUUGAUUUCACUUACGAAUGGAGUGAUUUGUAGAUCAGCAUUGGGGCGGAGGCACGGUGGAGAGAAGUUCAAAGAGCUAUUUGCUCAGUUUGUAGAGUUAUUGGGUGUUUUCAGUGUUGGAGAUUACAUCCCAUGGUUGUCAUGGGUGGAUCGUUUGAAUGAAUAUGCUGCUAAAGCAGCGAAAAUUGCUGCCGAAUUUGAUGAGUUUCUAGAAAGUGUGAUCGAGGAGCAUGUUGACCGGAAGAGACAAACAUCUGAUGUUGGUGGCGAUGACGAGAACAAAGAUUUUGUGGACAUUUUACUUGAAAUUCAGAAUGAAAAGGACGCCAGUUUCGUUCUUGAUCGAGAUACUGUUAAAGCUCUUAUUUUGGCGCUGGUAGGAGGAAAUGCCCUGGGAUCCAGUUUGCGAUGA